AUGGCCCCGGCUGCAGGACAACACCACUGCCACUGCUGUCCUGCUGGGGCCAGAGUUGGGGGCACGUUCUUGGCCUUCCCUGUGGGCCGGAGGCAAAUCCCCUCCCUGUCCUUCUUGCUUCCUGCCCCAGGCCCCGAGCUGAGGACGGAGAGCGCGGAGGACAAAUCCCCCUGUGAGACCUUGGUGGGAGAGGCCGUUUUGAAGGGCUCCACGGUGCAGGAAGGCAGUGAGGAGGAAAAAGCCAGGAUAUCUCCCCAGAGGAGGGGCUCCAAAGCCGGCUCAGGGUGCUCCCAGGAGGAAAGACUCAGCCCGUGCCGGGAAGGCGGCCGGAGCUUGAGCCAGAGCUCCAACCUGGUGGUCCCUGAGCAGCCUCCCAGCAGGGAGAAGCCCUUCAAAUGCUUGGAAUGUGGGAAGAGCUUCAGUCAGAGCUCCAACCUCCUCACCCACCAGCACAUCCACACUGGGGAACUGCCCUACACGUGUGGGGAGUGUGGGAUGAGCUUCAGGAAGAGCUCCACCCUCUGCACCCACCGUCGCAUCCACACCGGGGAACGACCCUACACAUGUGGGGAAUGUGGGAAGAGCUUCAGUAACAGUGGCAACCUCCUCACCCACCAGCGUAUCCACACGGGCGACCUGCCCUACUCGUGUAGGGAAUGUGGGAAGAGCUUUAACCAGAGGUCCAACCUUCUCACCCACGAGCGCAUCCACACUGGGGAAUGUCCCUACACAUGUGGGGAAUGUGGGAAGAGCUUCAGGAACAGUGGCAACCUCCGCAAACACCAGCGCAUCCACACCGGAGAGCGACCUUACACGUGUGGGGAAUGUGGAAAGAGCUUCACUGACAGCUCCAGCCUCCACAUCCACGAACGCAUCCACACUGGGGAGAGGCCCUACUCAUGUGGGGAGUGUGGGAAGAGCUUCACCAACAGCUCCCACCUCCACGCCCACCAGCGCUCCCACCUCCCCAACCACACUGUGGAACGGCCCUACAAGUGCUGGCAAUGUGGGGACAGGUUUCAGACCAGCUCAAUUCUCCUCGAGCAUGAGCGGACGCACACAGAUGAGAGGCCCUUCCGCUGCACUGACUGCGGGAAGGAGUUCAAACGCAACUCCCACCUUGUAACCCACCGGCAGCGCAUCCACGCCGAGGAGAGGCCCUACAAGUGUGGGGAGUGCGGGAAGAGCUACAUCCAGAGGUCUCGCUUGACCAGACACCAACAGACCCACCAGUAAGGAAGCCCUAUUAGUGCCCUGACUGCGGGAAAUGCUUUGGCCACUGCUUCCACCCUGAAUGAACCCCCUGAUACUGAGGCAACCCCUGGAGUCCAAUGACUGUCAGUCCAUCCCUUUCGACCACAAAGGGCCAGUCCCCUUUCACAGGGACAGGUUCUUCCAACAGAACCCUUCUUGAAGGGGUGUGGAGGUUCCUGCCUUGGCUGGGGACCCCUCAAGGUCACUCCUGGAGGUUGAGAACAGAGAUCUCCCAUGAGCGUUGGUCUGAGGGAGUUACAUCCAUUUGUAAUUAAGAAUUGCUUUUGUGCCAGCUUUAGUAGAAUUGCUUCAACGAUUGCUUUAGGGUAGAUCAUCGCUCUAUCUUAUCCUGUACUCCUGGUAGUUUUAGUGUUUAUACUGUGCAGUAAGUAAUUCUGAUGAAGAUCUUUUGUCUGAUUAUUUGGUGCCCUAAAUAAUUCCUUUCUAUCAGUAGAUCUGAUUUGCCAUCAUUAAAACCUGGGGGACAAAA